AUGCAAAAACUCGCUAUUGCCAAACUUCUCUCCAAAACUUCAACAGCCUCUGCAAAGGAGGUGGCGGUGGGUCAUCGGUUGAGUCGGAUGAUGGGUUCCCUUCAUGGUAACAACAACAUUCAAGGCUUGGUGAUGGGUAGCAAUAAUAUGGUGUCCUCGCAUCAUCAAAGAAGAAUGAUUUCCACGAGUAAUACCACUCAUCACGAGAGAAACAACAUGAUGAUGAAAUUGGCCGAAGGAGCAGAAGAAUCUGAACAGGAACAACGAAAUGUCUUGAUUUUUGAUGACGGAAAUUUUAGAAAGCCUGCUUGGGAGAAGAAUAUGAACAUUAGUGAUUUAACGGCUGACCAAGACCGAAUUGAACACGAACUGGCCGUCAGCUCUGGUUUGUACGGAGACAUGGCUGCACAACUGGAGCGUGAUAAUAGGAACAAUAUUCAAAAAAAGUUUGAGCAAUUCAUCAUGAAUAUGAGUCCUCGGGAUGAAGACGUGAAACUACUGUUACAACAAAAGGAGCUAGAAACUCGUUCAAUGGAUAUAGCAAAGGAGCGAUAUAGAAAAGACCUCCGAUCUGCAAACAAAAGAAAUCAAGGAUCCAGUCUUCCUCCUGCAAAGAAAAUUAUGCUCGAAUGGUAUGAACCGCUAACAAAACUCAUCAAAGAAAAACAAGACGAAGUCAAUUUCUCCUCCUUCUCAAAGAAAAAACCCGCUCCUGCCAAAGAUGAAGAGUCAUCAGCACAAAAUCAACACAAUUUUGCCAUCCCUCUGUGUCUAACUUCAGUAUCUGCUGAAAAACUUGCCAUCAUUUCUCUCCAUGAAGUAUUGUCAUCAUGCCUAAGAGAACGUUCCGGUCCAGCAGUCUCUUCCCUUGCUUGCCAAAUUGGUGAAGCAAUUCAAGCUGAAAUCAACGUUGAUAAGUUAAAAAGAACGAACUACUUCAAACUCAUUACCAAGAAUCAAUUGAUUUACCAUAAUAUCAACAGACUCUCCAAAUUGAAACUCAAUGAAUAUGUAGCCUUGACAAAAGAACAACUCAUUCAACUAGGAACUUUUUUAAUUCAAUUAGUAGUUAAUGUUGCAAAGGUUCCACUUGUGGAUUCUCCCUCCGAAACAGUACCCGCCUUUAUUCACAGAAAUUUAUCAAAACAGGGUAGACUGAUUGGAAUUGUCGAAGCAGACGAAAAUUUAAUCCAACUCAUUGGUAGAGAACACGUCACACAAGAAAUACUUCAUCCAAAUCACUUACCAAUGUUGAUACCACCAAACCCUUGGAUAAAUUCUACCACUGGAGGUUACAUUGCUCUGAAGUCAUUAAUUAUGCGAACGAGAGGCUCUCAUUUACAAGCUUACAUUCUCAAGAUCGCAGACAUGACCGAGCUAUUAGCAGGUUUAAAUACGUUGAAUGAAACAAGGUGGAAAAUCAAUCAUAAAGUAUACGAAACAGUUUUGAAGGUUUGGAAUUCAGGAGGAGGACUCGGAGAAUUACCAUCUCGAUUUGAUGACGCACUUCCAGAAGAACCAGAAACUGACGACCCAGAAAUUAAGAAAAAGUGGAAACGUACUGUCGCCAAGAUCAAAACUCAUAACAGAAAUUUGCACUCUCUAAGAUGUGACAUGUUGUUGAAGCUCAAGGUUGCAGAAGAUUUUAAAGAAAAUUCCUUUUACUUCCCUCAUAAUGUUGAUUUUAGAGGUAGAGCUUACCCAAUCCCACCUCAUUUGAAUCAUUUAGGUGCUGAUAUUAAUAGAGGUUUAUUAACAUUUGAUAAGGGAAUGAGAAUUGGUAGACGAGGCAUUUUCUGGCUUAAAAUUCAUUUAGCCAACCUAUACGGCAAAGACAAGCUCUCAUUCGAUGAGAGAGUGCAAUUCAUUGAGCAAAACUUGAAUGAAAUCAUUGAUUCAGCCGAUCAACCACUUGAUGGAAACAGAUGGUGGCUUCAAUCAGAAAAUCCUUGGCAAACUCUUGCCGCAUGCGUAGAACUGGCCGAAUGUUUGCGCUCAGAAAAUCCAGAAGAAUUUAUUUCUCAUCUUCCAAUUCAAAUGGACGGAUCUUGCAAUGGUCUGCAACACUAUGCUGCCUUAGGUAGAGACAAUUUGGGUGCCUUGCACGUAAACUUGCUGCCAACUUCCAAACCCAUGGACGUGUAUGUCGGUGUGCUGGAAGUAGUCAAGAAGCAUAUCGAAAGAGACAUGAAGGCUGGAAACAAAUUGGCCAAAUUAUUACACGGUAAUGUUUAUAGAUCCACAAUCAAGCAAACUGUGAUGACAAGCGUUUAUGGUGUCACAUUCGUAGGUGCUAGAGAACAGAUUCAAAAACGUCUCAAAGAAAAGAAGGAGGUUCCAGAGGAUGAUGUGUUCGCAUGUGCCUCUUAUUUGGCAUCGAUCACCCUCAAAUCAUUAGGAGAGGUGUUCAGUAGUGCUCAAAACAUUAUGGAAUGGCUCAACGAUUGUGCCUUACUGAUUUCUUCAUCUGAUAAUCCAGUAACAUGGACGACUCCUCUCGGGUUGCCAGUAAUACAGCCUUACAGAUCAAAACGAACAAAGGUUGUAAAGACAGUGAUGCAGUGUGUGACCAUUUCAGACUCAUCUGACAAGCUACCUGUUAGCAGAACACGUCAAAAGUCAGCCUUCCCACCUAACUUUGUUCACUCCCUUGAUUCUUCUCACAUGUUCAUGACAGCUAGUGCUUGUAAAAAAGAAGGUAUUGAGUUCGCUUCCGUUCACGACUCAUUCUGGUGUAAUGCUGGAAAUGUUGAUCGAAUGAACCGAAUUAUCAGAGAGCAGUUCAUCAAUUUACAUUCUCAACCACUUUUGGAAGAACUCUUGGCUACUUUUACUCGUCUUUAUCCAAACAUUCAAUUCCCACCUUUACCAAAGAAAGGUUCUCUUGAUUUGAGUCGUGUUCUUGACGCCCCUUAUUUCUUUGACUAA